AGGACACUAGGUACUGGAAAUAACAGAUGUGUUCCAAACCAGUGGUUAACACUGAUAAACAGUCACUCGCAAAAAGAAAUUGAGCCCCCAUUAGUUUGAGUGACACACCACAGUAACAUCAUUUGAGGGAGUGCAGUUAAAAAGAGAAAAACGACACGGUACCAUCAUAUGGAGGAAUAGUUAGAUAGAGAGACAAAGCACUGCCAUCAUACGGAGGAAUACGGUUAGAUAGAGAGACAAACCACUGCCAUCAUACGGAGGAAUACAGUUAGAUAGAGAGAAAAAACACUGUACCAUCAUAUGGAGGAAUACAGUUAGAUAGAGAGACAAAACAUUGUACCAUCAGAUGGAGAAUUAUUACUACGACUACUACAACAUGUACUACGAUUCUGAUAACUAUACGGGGAAUUGGACUUAUGACCCUACCGAACGAAAUCCUUAUAGAGUAGAGCAGAUCGUGUUCGAGGCGUUUCUCUUGCUUCUGAUACUGGCUGGCAAUGUUGCGGUUCUUGCAGUCAUCAUUGUUGAAGGUCAAAAGUCGAGAAUGCACUUUUUCAUAAAGAAUCUGGCUGUUGCAGAUUUGUUUUGUGGAGUGUUUUACGUGGUUCCUCGGAUCGUAUUGCAAAUUAAUGACGAGCGAUUUUAUGGCGGGGAUAUCCUAUGUAAAUUACAGGAAUUUCUUUCGAACAUUGGUAUUUAUGGAUCAAACAUGAUCAUGAUAGCCUUGAGCAUCGAUCGUCUGUACAUUCUCCUGAGACCCCUGGCGACCUUUGCAACAAGAGGGAGAAAUCCGACCAUGAUAGUCUCCCUUUGUUGGGUAGCCGCGUUGCUAGUCUCGGUAGUAGGACCUUGUGUAUUUACAUACCAUGAGAGAUAUCAGGAAUGCGCACUUAAUCUCAACGGAUCGGAAAUAAAGAUCUAUUUUACCGUACUUUUUGUCUUCGUUUUUGUCAUCCCAACAAUCAUCAUCGCGGGAUGCUACUCCAUGAUUGCUUUCAUUAUAUGGAAUGUCUCCAACAAAACAGAAGGUUUUCAGUUAACAGAAAUAUCUUCCCCCAGUGCACAGCAGUCAACAUUACUGACUUCCAGACAGAAUACUAGUAGUUCGUCCUCUGGUGUGGGGCAGAGAAAUUCCAGCUCUACUCUAUCAGACGCAAAAAUGAGGACCAUUAAAAUGACCUUCAUGAUUUCAGUGGCUUUUAUGUGUUGUUGGGCUCCCUUUAUGAUAUUCAAUUUACUGGAUGUAUAUGAACAUACAACACCAUCUAAAGAAAUGAACUCAAUCAGGAUAUUUAUCCAAAGUCUGUUGCCUCUAAAUUCGGUGGCCAAUCCCCUGAUAUACGGCGCCUUCAGCAUCCGAGUGUGCAGACAGUUCAGGAAAAAAAUAAGCAGAAGAUUUUCUACGUCAAGGAGAACAGACAAUAUUUUUAUAUAAACAAACAAGGACUCUUGGAUACCAUGCUGAGGUCACUGAAUGCGUAUAGAUGUCAUAAAACAUAGAUAUAACCGAGUUUGUUACAUAUUGACGUAGAUGACAACUCAAAAACCCUCCGUCAUACACUAUAACUUAGUAUCAUAUCCCGGUACAUUUAUAUAAGGACGAGCUGCACGACCACUGAGAUAGCCGUGGAUGACCAAGGAAGAUCUUCCAAGGCUUAUAUAAGAUGUAUUUGAUCAUAUGGAAGUAAAAAUCGGAAUUAGUAAUAAUUUAUACCAUACCAUGUAAAUUAGCAUCAACAUAAAGGAAUAGCAGAUGUAGACUAAACAAAGUAUGUUUUCUAUACCAACCGAAAUAGACAGUUAUUUAUUAGCAUUUCGUACUAAUGUAGUGCGGUGAAGUUUUAUUCAUAUUCAUGUUUGCAGUGGUAUAAUAGGUGCAUUUAAGACAAAUUAAUCCCAUUCCUACUUAGUGGUGAGAGAAGGAAAUAAAUCUUUUCAAUAUAUUUGAAAGUGUUUUUUUAUGUCCCCGAGAACGAAGAUCGGGGAGCAUAUUGUUGUUGUCCUGUCUGUCAUUCUGCAAUUCUGUCUGAAACUUUAACCUUAAUUGCUAAUAACUUUUGAACAGUAAGUGCUAGAGCUUUCAUAUUUCAUAUGAGUAUUCCUUGUAAUAAGACCUUUCCGUGGGUACUAAACCUUUUGACCUUGGCAUUUCACCUACUUUCAACAAAUUUGACAUUUGUCAUAACUUCUAACUGGUAAAUAUUAAAGCUUUCAUAUUUCACAUAAGCAUUUCUUGUGAUAAGAUCUUUCUACAGGUACCAAGAUGUUUGUCCCUGUGACCUUGGCCAUCUUUGGAAUUGACCAUUAUCGGGGACAUUUGUGUUUCACAAACACAUCUUGUUUUAAACUUAAUUAUCUCACUUGAUCAUUAUGUACAUAUUCAUUAGUAUCAUUUAUAUCAUCAACAGUAUACACUGUUCAGUGCUACGUACAUAUAACACUCUUUUACUCCCUGGUUCUUUAUUGUUUAUAACCAAAGUUCUCUUUGAGCCUUGGGGCAUCUAUACCUGUGUGGUCACUUACAGACAUGUGAUUAAGGUCACGUGGUUCUUUAAACCAAUAGUUUUACUUAUUUUAUUUUGCCGCUAAAAAGUCCCUAGUCUUUAUUCAUACCAAAGUCAGACUUCAGACGACUCUCAGAGAGGAAGGACUGCAUUUUAUAUUGAGCGUAACUUUAAAUAGAAUUGAAGAUUUGGACAUUAUGGACAUAUUACUAAUAGUAAGUACACUGUUUAUUUCACAUUUCUUUACAUCUUCUAUCAAUAUUAUUUCUUUAAAGUUUCUAAUUUAGCAUUUCUAUUAAACUGAAGUUAGAAAGUAAUUUCCAUUGAUAGAUGAGCGAAUUCUAGAACUUUAUUCCUUACUACAAUCUGUAUAUAUUGAUUUUAUGCAUCAUGUAUUCAAUCAGUACAGUACUUUCGUAAAUAUUAUUUGAAGUAUUGAAUGAAACCUAGAGUCUCAUUAAUUGACUGAUGAGAAAUUAAGUACUACCUCGUUCCAAGAUUAAAUUACAUCAGGUUUUUAUCCUUUAUAUAUACAUGUGUGUAUUUCAUAUUGACUAGAACUCAUUAUGAAUCUUGAUUUAAAAGUUUAGUAUCAAGGAGUAUAACUUGUAUUUCUCAAUAUCUAUCUUUCAAGAGUUAUCCUUCUUGCAAAUUUUUGAAAUAUUAUAUGUUAUGUCUUGAUUCAUAUUGUAUGUGUUUAAAACCUUUAUCUUUUUAUUAUUUCAUUCUUGCUAUGUUACAUGGUUUCUCUCUCUCUCUCUCUCUCUCUCUCUCUCUCUCUCUCUCUCUCAGAAAUCUUGAUUUCAAAUUGUGUCAAUAAAUGCAGAACCCAACCAGCCUAGUUUUCAUCCUUCAUUCCAAAAUAUAAAAAGGUUACGAGGGCGAGUCAAUAAGUGGCCAGCCUAUCCCAUUUCCGAUUGACUGAGACGGUCACAAUUUUCAUGCCUUCUUUUAAUACGUGUUUUAUACCUAGGUACAAAUUUACACGCGUAUCGAGCCAUUCUUUAAUAAUAUAUUGAAUGUCAAACAUCGCUAGUGAUGCAAAGGCAUGCUUUUCAUCUAAAGUUGAGUACCGUGCUAUAAUUCGGUACUUGUAUUUAAAAGCUUAACAGGCAAGGAAAUACACGGCGAGUUAGCCGAUGUUUAUGGGUCUUCUGCACCAUCUUAUGUUCAGGUUAAAUUCUGGGUAGGGGAAUUCAAACGCGGUAGAACGUCUUUAGAAGAUGAAGUCAAGUCUGGAUGCCACCGACGAAGAAAUGUGUAAGAAAGUUUGGGAUCUGGUAUACUCUGAUAGGCGAUUCAGGUUGAUGAAAUAGAGCAGGCAUUACUCAGCGGCAUUAGGCAUUUCACAUGUUAGCGUUUCAAAAAUCUUCCUUGGUCGUUUAGGUAUGCACAAGCUAACAGCCCGUUGGGUCCCCAAAUCCCUUAGCGAUGAGCGAAUGGCAACCAGAGCAUCAAUCUAAUUAAAAUUAGAUCUUCCAUCCGCUCCCCAGUUUUCGAAACGUCAACGAUUCUAAUAUAGAACAAAAAUCGCACAUCGUGUCACAAUGGUAGAGUGUUGGUCUAAGUUAAAAAAAAAAAAUACGUGUUGUAUUGGCUAAUGGUAAAUUGUUCUUUGGGAACAUGUGCAUUGUUCUUUACAGUAAUAUGGUGCAUUUGUGACUGAAGAGCAUAUCAACUGUCAUUUUUAGUUAUAUGAUAUAUCCCUGUUUAGAGAACAUAUGGGGAUAUGUAUUUCUGUUAUCACUACGAGGUUUGAUUGAUUGAUUUUAUAUUGUUUAACGUCCCUCUCGAGAAUAUUUCACUCAUAAGGAGAGUUCACCACUGCCGGUGAAGGGCUGCAAAAUUUAGGCCUAUGCUCGGCGCAUAUGGCCUUUGAGCAGGGAGGGAUCUUUAUCGUGCCAUACCUACUGUGACACGGGACCUUGGUUUUUGCGGUCUCAUCCGAAGGACCGCCCCAUUUAGUCGCCUCUUACGACGAGCAAGGGGGUACUGAGGACCUAUUCUAACCCGGAUCCUCGAGGGUUGAUGUUAAAUAUCUUAAAUAUAGGAUGAUCCUUUUAUUAAUUAAAUUUCGCUGUGUGGUUGAGGGACAGGAAGCAGUUUGAUUAUUUACCUACAUGGAAUAAGCAAUGCAGUGAUACCAUUAUUAUCUUAGAUAGAAUCGUGUCACUAAUGAAUUACUGAUGUUUUGUGAAUGAAAAUGAUUUUUAUCUCAAAAUAAACAAUAGGAGAGGUAAAAAAUCAUCCAAUCAUAAAUACUUGGGACGUAAAAUAUUUAUCACGUCAUAGUUCUCCCACGCCACGUGAGAAACGCUAGAUCGAGUGUUCCGUCUCGUGAGCUGCGCAUGCAUACAAAGUGAAUAACGCGUUUUGCAGUGGAACUAUCGUCUCGCCAAAACGAACAGAUCACGGUAUAAUGCGGUUCUCUGGCAUUGUGAUGUCACGCUGGUUUGAUUGUCAAUAUUUGGAAGAUGUUUAAAGAAAAACAUCUUUGGGUGUAAAUUGUUUGACAAUGAUAACCCAUUUGAUAUUGUUAACCAUUUCUGUGUAUGGUGUAUUUAUUUCAAGUAAAGAUUGUAAAAAUGCUGCUUUAACUUAGAUUUUUCAUCUAUUUGUAUACAUAGUUCAUCACAAGUGAUGCGAUCAGCAAUUGGUCGAAUAAAAUCUUCAUGGUGCUUA